UAAUCUUUUAUUUUUUGAUUUUUAAGGAAUGGUGAAGAUGAAUGUUUUAAAUGAUUGUUUACGUUCAAUCGUAAAUGCUGAAAGGUUUAAAAAGAGAAUAAAUAUAAUUAUAGAUAAGGAAGAAAACAAGUAUUAAUUAGACCUACAUCAAAACUGGUAGUGAAAUUCUUAUAAGUGAUGUAAAGACAUGGUUAUAUUGGAGAAUUUGAAAUAGUAGAUGAUCAUAGAAGUGGAAAAAUUGUAGUAGAAUUAUUAGGUAAUUAAUAAACUUAAACAAAAAAAGGUCGUAUUAAUAAAUGUGGAGUAAUCUCUCCUCGUUAUGAUGUUACUUUAGGUGAAUUUGAAAGAUGGGCUAAUAAUAUACUCCCAGCUAGACAAUUUGGAUGUGUAGUGCUUACAACUAAUGUUGGUAUACUUACACAUGAAGAAGCAAGAUAAAGACACAUAGGAGGUAAAAUCUUAGGUUUCUUUUAUUGAUAUAUUUACACAAGUACAAUAUAUAUAUUUAAUAUCAAUC